AUGCCCACUCUACAAGUCUACCCCACAAGUGGGCUGAUCAUGCCCACUCUACAAGUCUACCCCACAGGUGGGCUGAUCAUGCCCACUCUACAAGUCUACCCCACUGGUGGGCUGAUCAUGCCCACUCUACAAGUCUACCCCACAGGUGGGCUGAUCGGUCCCACUUCUACAAGUCUACUCCACACGUGGGCUGAUCGGUCCCACUUCUACAAGUCUACCCCGCAGUUCUUGGGGAUUCACUUUAGGUCCACGUACUUUUUAUUUGAGGGCAAAGAGCAUGCAAAAUUGUAUGCUAAAUACCGACCUUCAUACCCAGAGAGACUUUACCGCAGAAUAAAAGAAUAUUGUAUGGAAUCUGAUGCCAAUACCCUAGACUUAGCUGUUGACGUCGGAUGUGGAAGUGGACAGAGUACCCUCCCUUUGACAAGCAUAUGUAAGCAUGUCAUCGGAGUAGAUAUCAGCAAAGAGCAGAUUACAGCAGCUAGAAAAGUAUCAAGUAAUGUGGAUUUCAGAGAAGGCCAUGCCGAAGACCUUGGUUUUCAAGGUGACGAAACAGUCGAUCUUGUGACCACAGCAACUGCCAUUCAUUGGAUGGACAUACCAACGUUCAUGAAGGAAGUGAGCCGCGUGCUGCGACCUGGUGGUGUUCUGGCAGUGUAUUCUUUCAUUGACGACAAAAUACACAACAAUGAAGCACACCAAAUUGUUUGGGAAGAGUUCCAAGGCAAAACUUUGCGCGAUUGCUGGACAGAGAAACGCAAACAUAUUGUUAAUGGUUUAUCACUGAUAGAACUUCCCUUCGAAGAAACAUUAAGGGAGCGUUUAAACGUUGAACGACACAUCGAUAUCGAAUCUUACGUUGGUUAUUUGUCAUCCUGGUCAGCCUGGCAAACAUACCAAAAGAAGAAUCCGGACACAACAGUACUGACGGACGUAGGGCACAGAUUAAGGAGUUUGUACGAAGAUCAAGACUCCGGGGUAGUUCGUCCUAUUUCCCUGACUUCUCACAUUAUUUUGUUAUUAGGACGAAAGUAA